GAUAAGGCUGUUGCCAUGGUGAUGAAGGAGAUACCGAGGGAGGAGUCUGCCGAGGAAAAACCCCUCCUUACUAUGAAAUCACAGGUGGGCAGAAUGCUGGUGAAUGAGCAGCAAGAAAGCAGACCCCUACUGAGUCCUUCCAUCGAUGACUUUCUCUGCGAAACCAAAUCGGAAGCUAUUGCAAGACCUGUGACAUCGAAUACAGCAGUUUUGUCCACAGGGCUGGAUCUCUUGGACUUGACGGAACCUGUCUCAAAAAACCAAAGCAAAGCAAAGAAGUCGGAGAAUUCCUCAAAAGGAGAAGGUUCAAAGACUUUAACUCACAGGAAGAAGACAGACAGUCCAGACCUCAUCAGCGUGGAUGCUGAGCAGAAAACCCAGUCUGUCAGAACUCCUGAGAAGUCCUCAUUGGAUUUAGUCAAUAUUCAGGCACAGCUAGAGAAAUGGGAUGACGUGAAGUUUCGUGGAGACAGGGCCAGCAAAGGCCAUCCGGCGCCCGAGAGAAAACCGUCAUCUUCCAGAGCUCCAUCAAAAGAAUUUAUUUGGUCUGCAGAGAACAGAUCCCAAUCAGAAGUGGCUGCUGUCAAGACCGCAGUGGAAUCUGAUUCAGCCUCAGAUUUAGAGUUAGCACCUGCAACAAAGGCACGAUCUACCAAAGAGCAGCGCUGGGGAAGCAGCCUCCUCUCACGAAAUCAUUCCUUGGAGGAGGAAUUUGAAAGAGCCAAAGCAGCCGUUGAGUCAGACACAGAGUUUUGGGAUAAAAUGCAAGCAGAGUGGGAAGAAAUGGCUCGCAGGAAUUGGAUUUCAGAUAGCCAAGAAGCACAAGGCCAGCCAUCUGUCUCCAUCAAUGAAAAGGGCUAUUAUUUUCAUACUGAAAAUCCCUUCAAAGACUGGCCUGGUGCUUUUGAGGAAGGCCUGAAGAAACUGAAAGAAGGGGACCUGCCCCUCACUAUCUUGUAUCUGGAGGCUGCUAUUCUGCAAGACCCUCAUGACGCCGAGGCCUGGCAGUACCUUGGUAUAACACAAGCGGAGAAUGAAAAUGAGCAAGGAGCGAUUGUUGCCCUCCAAAGGUGCUUAGAGCUUCAGCCAAACAACCUGAAAGCCCUGAUGGCCUUGGCUGUGAGCUACACCAACACCAGCCACCAGCAGGAAGCCUAUGAAGCGCUACAGAACUGGAUCAAGCAGAACCCCAAAUACAAGUACUUAGCCAGGAGCAAGAAGGGCUCGCCAGCACUGACCCGGAGAGUGUCCAAGGCAACAAUGGAAAGUUCAUUGCUGGAAGAUGUGAAGGAACUGUACCUGGAAGCCGCUCACCAGAAUGGCGAGAUGAUAGAUGCUGACUUACAAACUGGCCUCGGAGUGCUCUUUCAUCUGAGUGGAGAGUUUAACAGAGCAAUAGAUGCCUUCAGCGCUGCCCUCACUGUUCGACCAGAGGAUUAUUCAUUGUGGAACCGUCUAGGUGCUACCCUAGCAAACGGAGAUCGGAGCGAGGAAGCUGUGGAGGCCUACACGAGAGCGUUGGAAAUCCAGCCUGGCUUCAUCAGGUCUAGGUACAAUUUAGGAAUCAGCUGCAUCAACCUAGGAGCUUACAGGGAGGCCGUCAGCAAUUUCCUCACAGCCCUCAAUUUGCAACGCAAGAGCCGCUAUCAGCAGCAAGUUCCCCGCCCUGCAAUUUCAGGUAAUAUCUGGGCAGCUUUGAGAAUUGCUUUGUCUAUGAUGGACCAGCCGGAACUUUUCCAAGCCGCUAAUGUGGGCGACCUGGAUGUUCUGUUAAGAGCUUUUAAAAUUGAUCCGUAA